CGCAAUAGCACGUCACGUGAUCUAAAGUCAGCAGAAGCAGCAGUCUGUGACAAUGGCUGCUCCGGUCAAGAAACGUGAAAUUCAGCGGAAUUUCGAAUUCCCCGACGAUGAUGACCAAAGUUCAUCAGGCAAUGAGGAUAACGAGAAAGAACAGGUAGAACAGAAUUCUUUCAACCAGGGAAUGGAAAUCCAGGUGGACUUUGAAGGAAGAUAUCCAGUGGAUCCGGAUUAUCAUGGCAUUAAAACUUUAUUGCAACAACUGUUUUUGAAAGCUCAUAUUGAUUUAGGUAGUCUGACAGAUUUAAUUAUCAGCAAAAACCAUGUGGGUUCAGUUGUUAAGCAGUCAGCAGAUUUAGACGAAUCUGACGAUGAAGAUACUGAUAUCAAUGAUGUAUUUGGUAUUACUACAGUAAUUAAUUUAUCUUCUAAACAGAAUUAUCCUUGCGUACAACAACUCAGAGAAUUAUUAAGACAAAUGGCAAAUGAACAUGCAACAGAUGCAGCAAAUACAAUGAUAAAACAUGUUCUUGAAGAUGAUGCAGAAGUAUUAGGUUUAUUAAUUAAUGAAAGAUUUGUAAAUAUCCCAGCUCAAAUAUCUGUACCACUUCUGGAAAAUUUAAUUUCUGACGUAAAAAGAGCAAACACCAAAAAGAUGCCCUUCAACUUUUCAUACUACAUAUUAAUCUGUAAACUCUACAAAAUGGAAAACGUAAAACCAGACAAAAAAUUGAAACAGAAAAAGAAAAAUAAUACAGAAAAACCAUCUAUUCUGUGGAGCAAUCCAGAGGAAGAAAUUUUUGCUGAAGAGGCAACAGUCAGUUUUGAAUUUUCAGUUGAGAAAGAGUCGGAUAGUGCGUUGUCUGGAACAUGGACCGAGUCAGAUGAUGAAAUGACACCUUACAGGAGAGUGCUUCUAUUUGAAGCUACCAAAUUGCAACCAAUUAUUAACAAAAUAAAAAAACAGAUUUCUUAAUCAAUCUGAAAAA